AGCACUACAGCCUCCGAACCCGAGAGAAGGUGCGCUCCGCUGGGACAGAGAAGCGUAAAGAGACGGGGAGGGAGGGAAUGAGAUUUCUUGCUACCCAAUCCCCCUUUUCCCCUGGGAGAGCAAGCCUUCCAUGGUCCGUCCCUCUCUCUUGUUUUCUAAUCAUUUCAUUUUACUCCUUUUUGAAGCAGUCGCUUGUUUUAUCCCACUUUUCAUUCCACAAUCCCGUGCGCGUAUGUUCGCCUUCUUCUGAUCAACUUCGGCAUCUCCCCUCUCUUUCCUCGCGACGGAAAGGUCUCCUAGAUCCCGGCUGAUUCUUCUCCUUUGAGAUGCUUAACUGUUCUAACACUCGCCCUCUCUCCACCCUCUUUUAACUUGAGACCGAUUAAGCUUGAGCGAACUGAACUGGGGUUGGAAUUUAAGAUAAAGCGGAAAACCCAAAGGGAUACGGUCGACGCUCGUCUUUGGAUAAGGACCGCUAUCGCUUUCCCCCUUGUUGCAAUUUGGGGAAGAUUCUUCCCUUUUCAGUUGCUCGUCGUUAAUCCGGGUGGCCUUGCUUUGAGUGUGCAGGAGGAUUAUUUAGCGUGAUUUGGUCAAGAGAGAGAUCCCAGAAGGCUACUUUCAUGUUCUCCAUCCAGGACAGCCUCCCGCGGGGAGCCUUGACCAUGAAAGAGGAACCGCUCACGAGUGGCAUGACACCGGUCCGCUCUUGGAUGCAGAGCGCGGGGAUAUUGGACGCGAACACAGCCGCACAAAGCGGUGUAGGCCUGGCCAGGGCUCACUAUGAAAAGCAACCCCCGUCCAACCUGCGCAAAUCCAACUUCUUCCACUUUGUGUUGGCGCUGUAUGAUCGACAGGGCCAGCCCGUGGAGAUCGAGAGGACCUCCUACAUAGACUUUGUGGAGAAGGACAAAGAGUACAAUGGAGAGAAGACCAACAACGGCAUCCAUUACAGACUACAGCUCCUUUACAGUAACGGCAUCAGGACGGAACAAGACCUGUUUGUACGAUUGAUAGACUCUAUGACCAAACAGGCCAUCCUCUACGAGGGCCAGGACAAAAACCCAGAGAUGUGUCGCGUGCUCCUCACCCACGAGAUCAUGUGCAGUCGGUGUUGUGACAAGAAGAGCUGCGGGAACCGCAACGAGACGCCCUCUGACCCCGUCAUCAUCGACAGAUUCUUCCUGAAGUUCUUCCUCAAGUGCAAUCAGAAUUGUUUGAAAAACGCCGGCAAUCCGAGGGACAUGAGACGAUUCCAGGUGGUGGUCUCCACUACGGUGAAUGUCGAUGGCCACGUCCUGGCCGUCUCCGACAACAUGUUUGUCCACAACAACUCCAAACAUGGCAGGAGGGCCCGGCGCCUGGACCCCUCUGAAGCAGCUACGCCCUGCAUCAAAGCCAUCAGCCCGAGUGAAGGCUGGACAACGGGUGGGGCCACUGUCAUCAUCAUCGGGGACAACUUCUUCGACGGUCUGCAGGUGGUCUUUGGUACCAUGCUGGUCUGGAGUGAGCUAAUCACGCCCCACGCCAUUCGAGUCCAGACGCCCCCUCGUCACAUCCCAGGGGUCGUGGAGGUCACGCUCUCUUACAAAUCCAAGCAGUUCUGCAAAGGGGCACCAGGACGCUUUGUCUACACCGCCUUGAAUGAGCCCACCAUCGACUACGGCUUCCAGAGGCUACAGAAGGUGAUCCCCAGACACCCAGGAGACCCUGAGAGGUUACCUAAGGAGGUGCUGUUAAAACGAGCGGCAGACUUGGUGGAGGCCCUGUACGGAAUGCCUCAUAAUAACCAGGAGAUCAUUCUGAAGCGGGCAGCAGACCUGACCGAGGCCCUCUACAGUGUCCCACGCAGUCAUAACCAGCUGCCCUCGCUCAGCGGCUCGGCCGCCCACUCUGGCAUGAUGGGAGUCAACUCCUUCAGCAGCCAAUUGGCCGUCAACAUCUCUGAGGCCUCGCAGGGAGACCAGGGGUACUCCCGUAACUCCAACAGCGUGUCGCCCCGCGGCUACGUGCCCAGCUCCACGCCCCAGCAGUCCAACUAUAACACCAUCACGUCCACCAUGAAUGGCUACGGAGCUGGCAUGACCAACCUCGGGGUGCCGGGCUCGCCCAGCUUCCUGAACGGCUCCGCCGCCAACUCCCCCUACGCAAGAUCUACCACCUCCCCUACCUCCUCCUACUCCUCCUCUUCCUCCUCCAUCCCUCUGUUCUCCAGUGGACCCCUAGGCCCUUAUUCAUUCUCUCCUGUCCAUAUGAUCUCUGCAGUCAAACAGAAGAGCGCCUUCGCCCCUGUCGUGCGGCCACAGACCUCCCCGCCCCCCACCUGCACCACCACCAAUGGCAGCAGCCUACAGGGUUUUGCAGCAAACCCAUAUGCAUUUAAUAGUUACGUCAACACACGGCUUUUCAUUUAAGAGGCCAUGGCAGGUCUAAUAGUCCCACCCAUGUGAAGAAGAACUUCCGCCAGACCGCAUCCAUACUGGCUCACAGAAUCUUCACGACAGCAGCUUAAAUCUCAUCGACCUCCAGAAGCCGGACCGCCAAGCCCUCUCACUCCUGGAAAAAGAACAGCACAACAAAGAGGAUCCAUGUAACCUGAAACCUGUAGAAUUUUGCUAGAAUAUGUUUGUGUUGGUUCAGUAGUCCACUUCAUCAUCACUUUCUGUGUUUUUGUUUUUUUUCUUCCUUUUUUCUGGGGACGUAAAAGUCAUGCCUUGUCCAAUAGAUAACGUACGGUGUAGUUAAAACGAAUCUGAAACCACAGCGACGUCGAUAACGAGACGAGAUCCAAAAUGGCGGGUAAGAUACAGUACUCCGUGUUGUGUGAGUAUUGUUCUGCAUCCUGCAAGGUUUGUUUGCAUGUCUGAAAAUCUCUUUUGACUCGAUCUUCCAAUGAAACAAGUUCAUUUUCAGUCGUUUAACCACUAUGAGUGGUGAGAGUGUGAUGGCCGGCAGUUUGAAACUAUGGAGAAACUAUCCAGGGAUGUGGAGCUCUCUGCCAUUUCUCAAAAUCGACGGGAGUUCAAAACCAGUUCCCCAAAGCGUCUAUAAAAAAAACUCUCUUAAAAAGGCCUUUGAAAUGUAAUGUCACGGGGUCCUGCCGAAAUCAUUUGUGUAUCAUAGGUUUUGAUAAUGUGGGUGGUCAUCAUAUUUGAAGGAAAAUGCUGUAAUUUUCUAAUGUAAUGAAAGGGUUGGCAAACACCCUCCCAAGGUGUGAAUAGUAAAUGUUAUAGUAACAUUUGCUCAUUGUCAGAGUGAUGCCAAGAGAGAUCAACGUUUUAAAGUAAAAAGGCUGUCCACCAUCAUUUCUUUUUCAGUACAGUACAAUAAAUAUAUUUCCGGGCGUGUUGAUUGGUAGAUUUUAACCAGAAAUGCUUGUAGCAGUUUUAAUCACAUUUAAGUACCAGAUUUCUUGUUUUUCCUCUGAUUGUGCUUAUUUUGUAUGUAUUUAUAAAGUAUGUUUUGGGAUUCCUUUUGUGAUUUAGGCCUGAAUGAUAGUCUCAAAUAUAUAUGUAAAACACAUUUGAUGUCUUAAUACCUUUUAGAUAUUGUAAAGAGUGAAAAAAGGAGAACAACCCUUUUGUAAAAACAAAAAAAUCAACAUGACAUGGUCACCCUGUCUUUUAAAGCAGGACAUAUGCUCCACCACUUUUGUAUAGAAAUGCUUUUCCGAUACAAUAUUUAACUUUUUUGUAUACAGCAUUUGUGUUUUCCUCAGUUCUUCUUGUCCUUUGUGUAUUAUUGUGAAAUGUGUAUAUUCAUAGUUACUUCUUAAAGCACUAUUUUAGUUGGGGCACUUACAAGAGCAAUGCAUCUUAGCAAGCAAGACAAAAAAAAAUAAAAAGUUGAAGAAAAUAAAUGUGAAAAGACAAAGACUAGUUCAAAUAUGCACCAAUUCUUUAUUUUUCUUGGAUUCACAUUUUUUGUCAUUGAGGCUGGAUUGGCAAAGUCAGUGUCAUGUGAAUUUCUCCAUUUCAAAAUACUCUUAUCCUCCAUUUCCAUUAGGCAUACCCAUCGGUUAUUUAAAAAGAAAAACAUCUGUUAAACUCCACUCCCAUCUUUACAAUGGAACCAGGCCUAUUACUUGCGUUUUGGUAAGAAUGAAUGUAGUACAAAUGCCUGUAUGAAUCAACUGGAAGUUGAUACCCAAGUAAACCGUCAGUAACUGUAGAGGGACCACAUGAGUGUGAUGUUCACUGACCUCAACGAAACGUCAGUCAAUGUCAGUGUUGUUGUGGGUGGCUGCGUAAUUGUCACUGCGCACACUCUGUGUCGAUUACUUAUGCAAUUAGUAUUUACCGCAAUGCAAGUGGUCUUUCCGCAUUCCAGUGGAAUGGUUUUGAAGCGCAAACGAACACAUUACGUAAUUGAUGCCUUACAGUGGAGCGUCCUCCAAAACAAUGCAUUUUCAUUCAUUUUUAUUCCAUAAUAGACAUGUGAUCUUAGGACAUUUUGUUUAUGCAUAAGCUAAUGUCUAAUAAUUAAAAUAAAUUAUUUAAUUCGGUGGUGUUCAUGUCACUGGCCUGUCGUUAAACGUGAUGUAGUUGAUGGGAUGUUGAACGAUACAUCUUUAUAUAUAUAUAUGUACAUAUACAUAUAUUCAUUUCAACAUAAUGGUCGCUGACAAUAGGUCACGAUUCAAAGAUGAGCCUGAGUAAACAUGCUGAUGUUUUGCUCCUUCUGUAUCCACAAUCAUCAUGUGUGAUACCGCGUUUUUGUCAUAAUCUGACUUGUGGAACAUAAGAAAUGUCAAGUCUGUUACUCUUUAAAUAAGACAUCUUUUUUAUCAUCUGUAUUAUUAUGAUAGUGAAGGCCAGCUCAUAGAGUUACUUUUAGAGUUUGCUUGUACACUUUACAAAGCAUCUGAAUUGAAUAUUAUUGAUUCCAAAACCAUUUUCAAUGAAAAGACAAGUAUUUCAGAGUUAAAACUUGGCUGACUUCUCACAGUUCUCCCCUUCAGCUCCACAUCUUGUUUCCUUUCAUUCCAUCCAUUUGUUUUUUUAAUAGCUUGCAAAAAUAUUUUUUGUCAUUGUAGUUGUAGAAAGCUCGCUUUUUGCUGCCCUGGUUUUCAGCAAAGGUUUUUUAAACUGCAAAGUGUACUUUCUCAAUGUUUAAUUCAAUGUGAAAAAGGAGAGAGGUACUGCAUCUUUGUGAAAUAUGAAAUAUAUCAUCAAAGUAUAUUAAAGCACAAUGUUUAAUUAAUGUCUUUAGAGUACAAAUGGGGGGUGGGGGUUCCCCAGCUUUUCCUUUUCUGUCUUUGACCAUGCUGUAAAUAGAUGCAUGUUUUUUUUUCUGUGAUCCAGUGCUUUUUGUACAGAAACAGUCUAAUAAAGAUUACAUUUGGCUUGAAA